CGCCCUCCCCCGGGGCGGGGCAGCUGCGCGGAGCGAUCGCCGCCCGCUCGCCGCGUCCCGUCACCCGGCAACGCGCGGCGCUUGGCCCGUUCCCGUUCCCAUGUCGGGCCCGGCGGCCGCGGGAGGCCCCGGCCCCCGCACCAGCGACUGGUACCGCACCAGCCCCGGCCUGCCCGGCCGCUUCCAGCAGCCCGGCUGCUUCCGCGGCUACGGGCAGCCGGAGCCGCACCCCCGGUACCGGACCACCAGCCAGGCCUACGGCAGCAAAGCCCCCACGGUGCACGACGUGCCGACCUCGUUCCACGGCACCUCGCACGUGUUUUCCAAGUCUCUGUCGCAGUUUGGCAUGUACAAAGAUAACGGGCUCAACACCGCCCUGGAGAAGAGCCACGUCACCGGCCCGGGCAACUUCAUCACCGCCCACGACUGCGACUUCCACCCCAGCUACAACCCCAGCGGCCCGUCGCACUGUUAGAUCCGCACCGCGCGGAGCCGCUUCGGUUUACUGCUGGCUGCCUGGGUCAAAAAAAUAACAGAACACAAAUAAAACACCACCAAGCAAACAGUAUCAGUGACCUUACCCUAAAUCUGGUGCUGAGCCUCAUCUAAAAGCAGGACGUAUCAUUAGAAGUUAAGAUUUUAAAUGGUUUCUGUACUAUUAAAUGAAUAACCAAACUGCAUGUUUUCCAGAGGUGUUCAUCAAGCCUUUGGAUUUCUUACAGAAAACAUGUUUGUCUUUCUUACCUCUCAAAACGACAAUGUUUUAAGAAAUUACUCAAAUAAAGACAACUGAUAAGA